AUGCUCACAUAUUUAACAUGUAUUGCUAUAAUUACAACUUGUUAUGCUAUAAGUGCAAAUAAGCAAAUUUCACCCACAAAAAAGGAAAAAUAUCAACCUGGCCCUAAAUUAAUUGAUGAAACUACACGUUGGAGUAAAUGUAUUCCUGACUAUCAAAAUUUGUCAAUUUAUGAUUUUGAAGUAGAGACAUUGGAAGGAGAAUUUAAAGAUUUAAGUGCCUACAAAGGCCAACCUCUUCUUGUUGUUAAUGUCGCUACAUUCUGUGCCUAUACCCAGCAAUAUAUCGACUUCAACCCUUUAAUCGAAAAAAAUUUGGCUAAUGGAGGACAAUUCACAAUCUUGGCAUUUCCUUGCAAUCAGUUCUACCUUCAAGAACCUGCUGAAAACCAUGAAAUAAUGAAUGGUGGAAAAAUAAAAUUUUUUAAAAAUUAUUUAAAAUUUAAAGGUAUUAAAUACGUCCGCCCAGGAAAUGGUUGGAAACCUCACAAAAAUUUGCAUAUUUAUGGAAAAUUGGAAGUUAAUGGAGCUAAUCAACACCCUCUAUAUGAAUUUCUUAAAGAUUCGUGCCCUCAAACAGUCACACAAAUUGGAAAACGUGAAGAACUUAUGUAUAACCCAAUCAAGGUUAAUGAUGUUACUUGGAAUUUUGAGAAAUUCUUAAUCGACGCUGAAGGACGCCCACGCUAUCGAUUCCAUCCAACAGCAUGGUCACAUGGACAAGUUGUUCAGAAAUUUAUUGAUCAAUUAGCUAAAGAAAAACAUGGUGGUUCUCUAAAGCAAGUUGAAGGGGAAAUUCGCAAGCAGUGA